AAUUUAAUCCUUACCAGAUGACCUAUCCCCACUCUUCUCUCUUUAAAGGUUGUCAUUCAUUACUAUAAAGUACCAUAUCAGUAGCAAUCAACUCGUCUAUGAAGCAAACACCUGCACAAUGCUUUGCUAGUGAAUGUCGAUUCGUAGUCGAACACAAAAUCUCGCAUUUGUACUCUUUCCAAAAUUACGCCUAAUUCAAAUUUUCUUACAAUCGCUAUUGAAAACAUCCAGAAAAAUGGGCAAGAUGAAGUACCCCGCCAAAAUUAUGAUAGGUUGCGGUUCUGUGUUUGUUAUAAUUGUAAUUUUUGGGUUUAUACUAAUGCCAAUCUUGCUGAAGAGUAAAAUUAAAUCUAAUCUAACGUUAAAACCAGGAGGCGACGUAAGGGGGUUGUAUACUAAAGUGCCUUUUGCAAUUGACUUUAAAGUUUACAUGUUUAACAUUACAAAUCCAGUAGAUGUUGCCAAUGGCGAUACACCAGUUUUGGAUGAAAUUGGACCUUAUUACUUUGAAGAAUGGAAGGAGAAGGUUGAAUUAAUUGACAACGAAGCUGAAGAUGAACUAACUUACAAACAAAGGAUUACAUGGGUAUUCAGAAAAGACCUAUCAAAGCCAGGACUGACCGGAGAGGAGAUUGUUACAAUGGGACACCCGAUGAUGAUUGCGAUGCCGGUACUACUCGCCAGAGAGAAACCCGCAAUGCUGAACUUGAUUAACAAGGCCAUUAAUGCGAUUUUCCGAAAUCCACCGUAUCCGUUUGUUACUGCGCCAGUAAUGGACAUUCUUUUUAGAGGAGUGGUAAUCAAUUGCUCCGUAACCGAUUUUUCGGGAAAAGCCGUUUGUACACAGCUUCGUACGGAGGCGAAAGAUUUGCAUCACGUAUCAGACACGAUUUUUAAAUUCUCAUUCUUUGGAAUGCGUAAUGGAACAAUUGACCAGAAUACACUCACUGUUAAAAGAGGAAUAAAAAAAUCGCACGACGUUGGUAAGGUUACAGCUUAUAAUGGCGCUAAGGAGAUGUCCGUUUGGCCUACGAAAGAAUGCAACCAAUACGUGGGUACAGAUUCCACUAUUUUCCCACCUUUGAUGACAAGAGAAGAAGGUGUCGCAGCUUAUGCACCAGACUUAUGCAGAUCACUUAUUGCUACUUUCGAAAAAGAGCAAAUGUAUCGUGGUAUUAAAGUAAAUCGAUACAUAGCUACGUUUGGGGAUAUGUCCACAGACGAGCGUUUCAAGUGUUACUGCCCCGCGAAUGCGUCUUGUUGGAAACAAGGGUUGCACGAUUUAACCAAGUGCGUAGGCGCCCCAAUUGUUGCAUCCAUGCCCCACUUUUACGACGCCGAUCCCAUGUACGUAAAUAUGGUACGCGGAUUACAUCCAAACGAACCCGAUCACGGCAUCUCUUUGGUUUUUGAAUUGAUGACGGGGACCCCAGUUUCGGGUAAAAAACGAUUGCAGUUCAAUUUGCCCUUAGAGCCCAUUGAAAAGGUCGCCGUAAUGAAAAAAGUUCCAACCGCUCUGCUACCGCUCUUAUGGGUUGAAGAGGGUGCAGACCUACCGGACGAUUUCGCCAAGCAACUGGUUGGAAUUUUUAAAAUGCUGAAGAUCGUUAAAAUUGUCAAGGUUUUAAUACUGAUCCUGUCACUGGUAGGAAUUGGUGUCGGCGCAUUCUUACAUUACAAGAAUAGAGAUUCUAUGUCUGUCACCAAAGCCGUAAAACCGAUGGAGAAAGAUACACAGAAAAAUAUUAGCACAGUUAGCUCGGCUCAAAAUGAAACGUAUGACAAAUAUUAAAUAAAUCGUUUUAUAUCUAAAACUAUUGUUGUGCCUUUCACAUAUAAUUGUAUUGAUUUCAUUGGAAUAUUUUCAAGAUAAUGUGAUAACUAUCACCAGUUAGAAGGUAGCGACGUGAUUAGGAAUUGCACCUCAGUCGUUAUUGUUUUUACAUAUAUAUCUGAUACACUUACUAGUGUAUAAAGUUAAGAUCGCAAAUGCAUUUGAUAUUUGUGAAAAACUACAAACUGUGAUGUUUAAGAUGUGCAGAAUAAUGUAAGGUGCAUUAGAAAUUCUAAUGAGUUUCUUAUGCCUAACAAGUUGUUAUGAAGUUUAUACAAAUUUUUGUUCAACUCUCACCAGUGCCUAAACUACAUAGUAGAUUAAAUAAAUUAUUUACACUGUU